GCAAGGUUAAAAUAGCAUUCUAAUUCCAAAAAAUAUUUACACUAUGGGGUGAAACCACGUGAAAAUGUUCAGUGUAAAUGCUGCUCCUUGAAGGGGAAUGGGAAAACCCAAAAAUAAGAAAAUUGAAAUUAAUGUCGAAAUAGUCACGAGAGAAGAGUGGGGUGCUCUCCCCCCAACUAAAACCCUGAAACUGUUAAAGACACCAGUCAAAUACAUUAGAUAUUCGUUCACUAAAACUGAAGAGAACAACUGCUUGAGUUUGGAAAGCUGCUCUAAAGAUUUGAAAACCUUCCAGAUAGACUUGAUGAAUGAAGAGUACCCAGAUCUACCCUACAAUUUCCUGAUCGGCAAAGAUGGACGGGUGUACGAGGGCAGAGGGUGGUAUUUGGAGGUAGAAAAACAUCGCAGCUAUAAAGAGUUAAGGAGGAAAUGCUUGGAUAUUACUUUCAUGGGACAAUUCUCAAAUAGUUCACCUACUAACGAGAUGUUUGAAGUUGCUGCAAACUUAGUAUUACUUGGUAUAGAUCUAAAGCUUAUAAAGGAAUUCCCAAGAGUGGAAACGCUGAAUGAUUUCAGAGACUAUUGUUACUUCGAAGAUCAGACGCGUUAAAUUUCAUUUUUUAGGAAAGGAAAUUUGUUGCAUGAGUAUACUGUACACUAUACUUUAUUCCUAAAUAUAUUUCGUUAGAGUAGGAUAUAUCUUUAAUGUGU